AUGUCAGUUUUACUGGAAACGUCGGCUGGCGACAUCACCAUCGAUCUCUACGUCGAUGAAGCUCCUAGAGCCUGUGAAAACUUCUUGAAGCUAUGCAAGAUCAAGUACUACAAUUAUUCGCCCAUCUACAACGUCCAACCGAACUUUUCCUUCCAAUCUGGUGAUCCAAUUGGCCCUGAUGCUGCUGAGAGCGAUGGCGGCUCCUCUAUCUGGGCUCUUCCUGAUGGUGUCACAAAAAAGCCCGCGAAGCCCGAGUCCAUGACCUUCAAGCCUGAGUUCAGUCGCAAGAGGAAGCACACUGAGAGAGGUACCGUCAGUAUGGCUACGACUGCGUCAACCACCAACCCGGACGACCGCUUCGCUGCGAGUCAGUUCAUUAUCACACUCGGCGAGAAUCUGGAUCUGCUCGACGGCAAGGCUGCCAUCUUUGGCGAAGUUGUAGAAGGUUUCGACGCUCUCGAGAAAAUCAACACUGCCUUCGUCGAUGACAAAGGCCGCCCGCUCAAAGACAUACGCAUCCUACACACUGCCGUCCUCGAUGAUCCCUACGACGACCUGGAAGGUCUGAUCGAGCCACCGCAAAGCCCUGUGCCCACUGCAGGCCAACUCGCUACCGUACGCAUCGCCCACGACGAGGAAAUUGCCGAAAACACCGAUCCAGAACAACUCGAAAAGCUGCGCCGCGAGCGUGAAGCACGCGCACAAGCCCUGACUCUCGAGCUCAUAGGCGAUUUGCCCUUCGCCGACGUCACGCCUCCCGAACAAGUUCUCUUUGUAUGCAAGUUGAACCCCGUCACCCGCGACGAGGACCUCGAACUCAUCUUCAGCCGCUUCGGCAAGAUUCUGUCCUGUGAAGUCAUCCGCGACAAGAAGACCGGUGAUAGUCUGCAGUAUGCUUUCAUCGAGUUUGCCAGCAAAGAAGAUUGCGAGCGUGCGUACUUCAAGAUGCAGGGUGUGUUGAUCGACGAUCACCGCAUUCAUGUCGACUUCUCGCAGAGUGUCAGCAGACUCGCCGACGCAUGGCGAGAUACGACGAAUUCAAAGACAGCUAGGAAAAAGGGUGGAUUUGGUGGUAUCGCUGGACUGGAGGCAAAGAGACACUAUAGAGAAGGUGAAAGGUACGGUGGACGCAACAACCGUGGCGAACGCUACGACUAUGUGUUCGACAAGGAUGGCAAGCGCAGAGAUGGCGGCAAGGAUGAUCGAGACAGAGAGAGAAGACACAGGGAAAGGGAUCCCGGACGAGCUAGAGACAGGGAUGAUCGACGUGAUGACCGUCGCGACCGUGAUCGUGAUGGUAGAAGACGAGGUGACCGGUAUCACGAUGACAGCUACAGGAGGUCAAGGCACUGA